CCUAUGGCUACUGCACUCUCGUUCCACAGCAGCGCUUCCAUCAACGCUCAUGGCAUUUCCUCUCGCACAUACCAGCGUAAGCGGCAGUCGACGCCUUCACUCGAGCCGCACGCUCGCCUCCUCACCGGUGCGUCGGUUUCCUCCACCGGGAAGCCUCGCACUUCCCGACCAAACCAGGCCCGCAUCGCCCGCACGCUUCUGUCCUUCAUAACUUUCGGCCGCAUUCAGGAAGCCCUCUCUUUGUUCGAGAGCACCCAGAAGCCUGACACCUUCCUGUGGAACCUCAUGAUCAGAGGCUGCGCCACCGCCGAGCUCUACGAAAAUGCCAUCGGUUUGUAUCGCCGGAUGCAGGCCGCGGGCGUGCGGGCGGAUCACUUCACCUUCCCCUUCGUCAUCAAAUCCUGCGCCAAUGUCUCCGCUUUCGAGGAAGGGUUGAAGGUUCAUGCGAAGUUGUUCAGGGUUGGAUUGGAUUCUGAUCUCUUCAUCUGCAAUUCUCUUGUGGCCAUGUAUGUGAAAUUUGGGUUUGUCGAAGAUGCCGAGAAUGUGUUUGAUGAAAUGCCAGUGAGGGAUGAUGUUUCGUGGAAUUCACUAGUUAAUGGGUAUGUGUCUAAUGGAGAAGGAUGGAAGGCUUUACGCUGCGUGAAACAGAUGCAGGAAAGGUUUGGUAGCAGACUUGACUGGUUUGGGAUUACAAGUGCUCUGGCUGCUUGUUGUUCGGUAGGGAGUUUAAAACACGGGAAAGAGAUCCAUUGUUAUGUGAUGAGGAAUGUGUUGGAGCUUGACAUCAAACUCCAGACGACUCUUCUUGACAUGUACUGCAAAACUGGAGACUUGGCCGGUGCUGAAAGGUUGUUCGACUCAAUGUCUGAUAGAAACGUCGUAACUUGGAAUGCCAUGGUUGGUGGCUACUCCCUGAAUGGUGAACCACAACAGGCAUUUGCUAGUGCUAUACAAAUGCAAGACAAUGGCGUGGAUCUGGAUGUAAUCACACUGGUAAAUCUUUUACCAGCUUGUGCAGAAUCUAAAAGCUUGCAUCGUGGGAAAUCAGUUCAUGCAUUUGCCACCAGAAGAGGCUUGAUUCCUCAUUUGGUUCUUGAGACCGCUUUGGUUGAUAUGUAUGGUAAAUGUGGAAAAGUACUGUCAUCGCUAUAUCUGUUUGAGAAAAUGUCUGAGAAAAGCUUGGUGUCAUGGAAUGCAAUGAUUUCAGGUUUUGUACAAAACGGGAGGAACAUGGAGGCAAUACAACUGUUUCUUGAACUACAGAAAAGUUCUUUGCUACCAGAUGCCUUCACCAUCUCCACCAUCACCCUUGCAUAUGCCAAGCUAGCAUGGCUAUGGCAAGGGAAGCAAAUACACAGCUAUUCUCUUAAAUUGGGUUAUCAAAGCGACUCGGUUGUCAUGAAUUCCAUCAUAUGUAUGUAUGCAAUGUGUGGUGAUAUGAACACAUCAAGACUAGUGUUUGACAGACUGACGCACAAGAAUGUGGCCUCAUGGAAUAUGCUUAUAAUGGGAUAUGGAAUUCAUGGGCAUGGGGAAACUGCGCUGAGACUCUUUUCUGACAUGAAGGAAUGUGGAUUGAAGCCUGACCAGAGUACAUUUGCUUCUGUGUUGAGUGCUUGCAGCACAUCAGGCUUAAUCGAUGAAGGCUGGUUGCAUUUUAGUUCUAUGAGACCGGAAUAUGACAUGAAUCCAGAGAUUGAGCACUAUCGAUGCAUGGUUGAUCUCCUUGGACGGUCAGGAGAUCUUGAAGCAGCCACAAACUUAAUAAACAAAAUGCCUCUGGUUCCUACUGCAAGAAUAUGGGGAUCAUUAUUAACUGCAAGUAAAAACAAUAGAAACAUAGAAGUAGCAGAGUAUGCAGCGGGGAAAAUCUUUCAACUGGAACAUGAAAACACUGGUUGCUAUAUCCUGUUGUCAAGCAUGUAUGCUGAUGCAGGGAAACGGGAAGAUGCAGAAAGAAUGAUGUCUCUUAUGAAGCAAGAGGGGCUAGAGAAGACAACAGUUAGGAGUUUGGUUGAGCUUGGUCGUCGAUCAUACAGCUUUAUCAAUGGUGAUAGAUUGCAUGCUCAAAGCAGCCGGAUCCAUGAAGUUUCAAGCAUUCUCUUAAAUAAGAUUGGAGAAGCUACAUAUGAGCCUGGUAAUGUGUUUAAUCCAACAGAUAUAGUAAUAAAGAAAAAUAAUUCACCAAAUAGGCAUAGUGUAAAGCUAGCAGUUGUAUUUGGCCUGAUAUCCUCACCAGUUGGCGUUCCUGUCUUGGUGAAGAAGAAUGGCACAAUGUGUAAUCGAUCUCACCAGGCAAUUAAGCUGAUAUCUGGUUUUAAUGGACGAGAAAUUAUAGUAGGUGACACGAAGAUCUAUCAUCAUUUCAUUAAUGGAAGAUGUACUUGUGGUGAUUAUUGGUGAAUUUGAAAUGGAGAAAAUCUAUUAUAUCAGCAGUUCACACUUUUCUAUCAAGAAAACAUGUUCCAGUUCCACUGUCCCAAAAGCAGGGGAGGGAAUUAAAUGAGAAGAUGAGCAUGCAUGCAUGCUUAAGAAGUACAAGGAAUUAAUGGAGCUUAUAAGAAACUAUGAUGUAAGAUAAAAUCAGAGCACAUACAGGAUAAUUACAUCAAACAGCGGGUCUGAGCAAGGUAUGGAGACCAAUGGUGGAGGGUGGGUUGCUGUUUAAAGAAACAAAAUCAUUUUAGAUACAAGCUCUAAUAUGAACUAGUUACGAAAUUGAAACAAUGUGUUUAUUCAUUACUGUGCUGAUACAUCAAAAAGACUUUUUCCCCUUACGGUUUUAAACAAUUG